CGCAUGCUCAGUACCAGGCCAUGAACAUCUACUGGCAUGGCGCAUGCUCAGUACCAGGCCGUGAACACCUGCUGGCAUGGCACAUGCUCAGUACCAGGCUAUGAACAACUGCUGGCAUAGCGCAUGCUCAGUAUCAGACCACGAAAAACUUGCUGGCAGGGCGCAUGCUCAGUACCAAGAAGACGCGAUCGUACCUGCGCAUGCUCGGCUCUGGGACCAGGCGGUUGCCAUGGUGUCGCCGACAACAGCCUGUUGACAGGAGGCCGGGAGCUGGAGCAGCAGAGAAAUGGCAGAAAAUGAAAAUCCUACACAGGAACCCCAGGAGCAAAGCGAUGCGCUGGAGGAAGAAGAUCCUACCCAGGUCCCACAAGAACAAAGCGGUGAACCUGAGACAGUGGAAGAUCCUUCCGAGCUGCCCGCACCUACUGGAGAAGUGUCAGAAGAAGGUCCCUCUGAAGAACCUGCAGAUGGAAUAGUUGAUACAUCCACCACUGUCCAUAGUGCAACUGAGUUACCUGCAGGAGUUGAAGAUGCUGAAGGUUCAGACCACGAUAAGGAAGGUCCAACUGAAGAGAUCACGGCACAAGAGGAAGUGACAGCAGAUGAACCAGUGGAAACAGAGAAAAUUGUUACGCCAGAUCACACUGAGGUCGCCCAGCCAGUCGAUGAUGCUGAAAGUUCAGACCAUGAUAAGGAAGGUCCAACUGAAGAGGUGACGACACAAGAGGAAGUGACAGCAGAUGAACCAGUGGAAACAGAGCAAAUUGUUACGCCAGAUCACACUGAGGUCGCCCAGCCAGUUGAAGAUGCUGAAAGUUCAGACCACGAUAAGGAAGGUCCAACUGAAGAGGUGACGGCACAAGAGGAAGUGACAGCAGAUGAACCAGUGGAAACAGAGCAAAUUGUUACGCCAGAUCACACGGAGGUCGCCCAGCCAGAAGAUUCUGAAAUCGUAAGCCCUGAUGUUGGGGAUGGUCCAACUGCAGAAGUCAAAAUGGAUGAAACAACGGGAGCAACGGACAUUACACCAGCAGAGGCAAUUGUGCGACAUCACGCUGAUGCAAUAGGAACAAAGCUAAUUUUGGACUGUAGCAAAGUUCCGAUGGGUGGAGGAGUUAUAGUUUUGGACUGUUCGAAAUAUACUAGCACAGACGAACCAACGCCAGAUACCUCUGGUCCAUCAACUGAGACGCCAGGAGGAGGAACUGCAGUUAUAGAUGACAGCAGCAUUGGUGUGAAGGAAGGUGCUACAGGUUUGGAUUCUACUGGACAGACUGCUCCAAAUGCCGCUGAUCAAUCAGCUGAGCAAACAGUAGGAAUUGAACCUUCUUUAAGUUGUGAAGAAUUGAAAGAGAAACUGGAAGCACAGAUCCACGCUAUUGAGGAAAUGCACGGUAAAAUUGAACCAGCAGAGAGCGAGGUUCAAGUUUCCAAAAAGAGAGCUGCUGAAUGUUUGAUUUUACAAACACCUGGUACUGCUGCUGAUAGAGACCUAAAAAAAAGAUUAGUAAUAAAGUCAUAUUCUGCUAAAUCUAAGACCCCAUCUCCAGACUUAGCCAACAGCACAGCCACAGGUAUAGUCACCCUACUUCCUUCAUGUGAUGUUAUGACAGUGACGCUACCCGUCUGCAUUCCAAUAAGGAAACUAAAAUCACGAUUUGCAAGACAGUUCAAAUUGCCCGUAAAGUUGUUGCAAAUAACAUGUAAAGGUAGAAUAAUAAAGGAUUCGGAAACGCUGGUAGAUUUAGGAGUCAGACCACACGGUGCUAUCGAGCUGGAGCUGGCAUCUACUGACCCUGAAAACUAUGUUAUUGAACGCAUCAAACCACAGCAGGAAGUCACCACGUCCUGUGUCAUCACUGUCAAUGUUCAGCUAGAUGCCAAGACAUGUUGCACUGUGGACGUGGAGAUUGUGAGACAUCCAUAUCACAAGCCCUAUUUGGGUGGCUAUAAGCACAAAAUUACAGGAACAGAAUUCCACCAUGCAGGAACACAGACUCCGUCGAAGAGAACUUGUGUUUGCGUGGAGAGGUUCUGCCGAGAGACACAGACAGUUUCUGAAAGAAAUAAGUAUCAGCAAACAACUAAUAAUACUUCAACACAGAUGACCAAAAUCGGCUGCUAUGUGACCAACAUCAAAGAUAAGUUGCUCACUCCAGGAAGGUACUUCACUGCUGAAGAAUACCACGAGUGUCGGUUGAAUGCGGUCAUUGUGAUACAGACCUACUUUAGACGCUGGUUUGCUAAGAAUUAUGUUCAACAACUGAGAAUACAAAGGGACAAAAGGCUACAAUGGGAACAGGAGCAAGAAAUGAAAUUGAAAACGGAAAAAGACGAUUAUACAAAGAGACAAUAUGAAAGGAGAAUGAAUCCUAAGACAAGAGAAGACUUUGACCUACUCUUUCAUGCACUGGAAGAAUGGAAGAAGGAGGAGGUGAGAAACAUAAACCAGACCCUGACUGGACCUGAACGAAAGGCAGCUCUUUACACACUCCUGGAAGAAGAGGCAAAGCUCAUUGCAUCUAUUGCUCGGCAUCGAGUAGAUGCUGCGAAGGAAACUGGACCAAAAUUAAUUCAGAAUCUUUUGAAUAAGUGUGCAGAUCCCAUAAGAUGGAAGGCAUUUGAUGGGCGAAUCACUGAAAUGGACACCCAGUUCACUCUUCGGGCCAGAGAGCUGCGUGAAAUUUACAACAGUAUUAAUAUGAAAUACCUGACCACGGAUGAGAGACUGGAUGCUCUAUUGACUUUAAAACACACAGUCAAGGAACAUGACUGUAAGUUAACGCAGGAAAUUAUGGAUUUGAUUGACCGAGAAGCAGAUCUUCUUAUGAGGCAAGUGAAGGAAAUAUACCUGGAUGGACUCAGACAGAGAAUAUCAACACUCUUUCUUCAGUACAUCAAAACACCAAUGUUUAACCCAGAGAUCGCCAGAUUCCUUAAGGUUCCACAGGAUCCAAUGCAGUUGCGCAAAAACAUUUUUUUCUGCUCAAGCUGUGGGAGUUACAUACCGUCCACAGACUUCCCUCUGUCAAUGACGUCAAGGGGUCUCCACUUAUGCCGACAAUGCAUUAAGCAGAAUAAUGAAGCUCGUCAUCGCGAAGAGUCAAGCCAGUACAAACUGAUCAUGAAACAGCUGAGGAAAGCUGAGGCAGAUUUUGGAGAUGGAUCGCAACUUGCAUUCUUGGUGCAGGAACAAGAUAUGAAAUAUCUCGUUGACAGUAUUUGGGGCACGCAGUCUGCGUUGAGUGCCAACACAAGUAUGAAGGAUCUGGUAAUGAUAAGGUGGGAUAAAACAAUGGAGUGGUCACCCUGGAAUUGUAUCAUCCUCACAGAGGAAGAAGCUGAAGCUCACCUUAAACUUGAUAACAUCUACAAGGACUAUGAGGCCACGUUUAUUCGCACCAUCAAGCACCGACACACUUUGGGAAACAGUUAUUUUUCUCGGAUUCCUGAAAUUGUGAAAUACGCGCGCACUUGCCUGAUGAAAGACUCGACUUCCACAGACGACCUCAUAAUUACAAAUUUACUUCAAGCUAAUUGAAAACCAGCGUUUGCAAAUUACUUCAGUGGAUGAUGUCAGAAGGACACACUUCAAAGAUUAAUUUCAAUUAAAAAAAUUACAGCUUUGUAGAAAAGAAUGUUACAUUGUUUUAUUAAUCACUGAUCAUAAAACAAAAAAUAAUUGUAA